AUGUUCGACAUCCUCGAGGCUGACAUUGUGAUUUUUCAAGAGACCAAAAUCCAAUGGAAAGAUAUCCGAGAUGACAUGGUCCUCAUCCCGGGCUGGGACGUCUACUUCAGUCUCCCGAAGCAUAAAAAAGGCUAUUCUGGCGUCGCCAUCUACACCCGCACUGCGGUUUGUUCUCCUAUACGGGCUGAAGAAGGGAUAACCGGUGUGUUAUCCCCACACAAGUCAUCCAUCAGUUUCCGUGAUCAGCCCGCCGAAGUUCAAAUUGGUGGGUAUCCGACCCCGAGCCAACUCUCUCUAUGCUCUCUCGAUCCACACACCAUAGACUCUGAAGGACGCUGUAUAAUACUUGAGUUUCCAGCCUUUGUACUCAUUGGAACCUAUUGUCCCGCUACCCGAGACGAGUCCAGGGACGAAUUCCGACAUGACUUUCUAACGGUACUCGAUAUCAGGGUGCGCAAUCUCAUUGCCGGCGGGAAGAGAGUCAUUUUAACGGGCGACUUAAAUAUCAUUCGUGGCGAGCUAGACUCGGCUUAUAUCGAUGAAGUACUUGUGAAGAAGGAAGAUAUUGACAUUGAAGAAUUCUACUCUUCCCCUGCGAGACGUCUUUUUAACCAGCUAGUUGUCGACGGCAAGGUCAUUGGGGAAAGAGAUGAAGGCCGAAAAAAGGCCGUCAUGUGGGAUAUUUGCCGAUAUUUUCAUCCCUCUCGCCAUGGCAUGUACACUUGCUGGGAUCAGAAGAUAAAUGCUCGUCCCGGAAACUUUGGCUCUCGUAUCGAUUAUAUUCUCUGUAGUAUAGGAUGGAAUGAUUGGUUUUGCAAAUCAGAUAUUCAAGAGGGACUUAUGGGGUCAGAUCACUGCCCAGUCUACGCAGAAUUGAAGCAAAUGGUCGAGCUAGAUGGCAGUACUACUGAUAUUCGAGACAUCAUGAGUAAGGGCAUGUUCAAAGAUGGAAUUAGACAAAGAGAAUGGUCUACUAAUGAUCUCUUGCCCAUGUCAGCUCGAGUAAUUCUGGAACUCAAUCGUCGUCGAAGCAUAAAAGAUAUGUUUUUAAACUUAUCAACAGCUCCUUCAAAAAAGAGUAAUUCUUGUCUUGGUACUGAGGAGACGGAAGAAAGUAGAUCUAUAGUAGAAGUAGAUCCAGUAUCUUCUAGUCAGGAAGUUAUCUCAAGAAAACGGCCUCUAUUACCACAAGAUGAUAGACAUCAGGACGGGAAUAGUCGAAACGAAAGAAACACAGUUAACUCUACGCCCAAUAUUCUGGUUACUACCGCUCCUGCAUCAAGCUCGACAAAGCCUUUACAAAGAGCGGGGGAAUCGUCAAAUUGUUCGGUUCCUUCUGCCAAGCGUGCGAAAUACUCAAGCCAAAAGACCGCCGGUCGGAAAGAUGAAGGACGUUCUCAAGGUAACCUUCGGCAAUACUUCACAUCAAAGCCAUUGGAACAACAGACAAGGAACCAGAGCCAGGAUAUACAAACUACAUCUUCGCCAAUCAAGACUUUAGCCUCAGACACCCCUCAUUCUAAAGUAUCGGUUUCAGGUCCUAAUCUUGACGCAAUGAAUCAAGGAAAAGAUUUGCAAAGCUCUCUAGAGGGUGCAGAUGAAAAGGAAAGCGUGGACAAUGACCUUGCCGUUGAGAGCUGGUCAAAACUUCUUACUAAACGAUCUCCGCCGCUUUGUGAUCACGAUGAACCAUGCAUUAGUCUUGUCACCAAAAAGCCCGGAUUGAACUGCGGCAAAUCAUUCUACAUCUGCGCAAGACCCCUCGGUCCAAGUGGAAAGAAAGAGAAGAAUUCAUCAUGGCGGUGUGGAACAUUCAUAUGGAAUAGUGAUUGGACCCGAAAGAUGUGA